AAACAACCUUUGGCAGUUCCUGGUUUUAUCAACAAAACGAGUAUUUAAAGACUAUGCACCUUUUUAGAUUAUUUGAGGAAAAGAGAUACAAACAAAAAUUCACAACAAAUUGAAAGGAAAGCUGAGCUGUCACGCAACGUAAACACUUACAUCGUAAAAUGGGUUCAGAAUCGGAGAAUAACCGGUCUUCUUCAGUUUGUUUCGAAGUGAAUUUGUUGAGUAGUACGGAUGAAGGGUCGCCAGUGGCCAUUAUGACGGCAAGUAAACCUCGGGCCAAGUGCCCUGCAAGGCUCCUUCAGCGAGAAACUUCUCGUAAUAAGAAGAAUAAUGAGGACAAAGCUCUUAAAUGGAAACAACGAAUGGAUAAAGCUGAGCAGAACAAGAAGGAUCUUGAGGCAGCUCGUCUCCAUAGGAUUCAUGAGAGACAAGAAUCCUGUCGCAUCAUGGCAUCUAAGAUGGAGAAGUUAUUAGAGCAAGAUGCUAAGAGGCAAGGAAAAGAGGGUACCCAGAACAUCAAAGUAAUGUCAAGGCGUGAGGCUGGAGCAAUGGUACGGAGUGUACACAAAGACUUCAAACAAUUAGGAUCAGAGCUGAAAGAAAAUCUUGGAGCAGAUUGAAUUGGCCUUGCUCUUCUCUUAUUCAAAAAUGAAGGGUGGAACCGAAUUAUAAUUAAUAAAAUAGGAGUGUGCAUUUAGAAUGCACAGUUUCUGUCAUCCCUCUUGGCGCCCAAUUAAGAUGGAGAGUGUUUGAAACAACUUCAAGGUGGUGGUGCAUAUUGCUGCCAGACUGUGGCAGAAACACUUUGACAAAUCUCCUCUAGCCUCUUUUAUAAAUCCAAUGGAUUAUUUUACCUGUAUUACAUAACACACUGGACCUACUGCUUUUCACUAUCCGAAGGACGAAGCAAUAAUGGUUAAGUGACUUGCUUUUAAGGAUUAAAGCGUCAGGAACAGGACUGGAACCUACUUACUGAACAGAAACACCAGAGCUUGAGUCCUGCUCAACUGCUCGGCCAUAAGAUUGCCACAGGCAACCAAUAUCAUUGGCAAUGAGAUUGACAGUACACCCCUACUGCCUUAAGAAGUGUUCGAGUAUAUUUGGGGGUGAGCAAACCAAAGACAAAUCUACUAGAUCAGGAUUUGAACCUACACUUACUGAACAGAAACACCAGAGCUCGAGUCUGGUGGGCUUGACUGUCAGACCAUUAGAUUCCACUUAUAACAACAGACUCGAAUAUCAUCCGCAAUGAGAUGGACAGUACACCCCUACUGCCCUAAGAAGAAUUUUAAAAACAAAAGACAAAUUAACUACAACAGGAUUUGAACCUGCAACCUCCAGGUAAAACAUGCUGGCGCUAUUCCAACAGCUAUUUCACCUGAAUGUUUGCAGUCUUCCUUUUUUUUUCUUCAAUAUCUUUGUCAAGUCAGAAGCCAAGCUGACACUGCCAUAUAGCCAGGACUCGCACCAAAGUUAAGGAUACAACCUGGUAGGUUGUAGUCUUUGUUGAAGACCUUCUUGUGUUGUUUUGUCACAAUAUUCUUCAAGAUGGCGCUAUAAUCCUUGACCGUGUUGGAGAGCGGUUCACAAUUUUUGUUUUGGUACCACAUGCUGGCUACGCGUUCCACAGUUAAGGGAUCCAGGAAAGUGCCAUACCUUAUGCGUAUACAUUGUACAUGUACAUGUAUGCGAUGGCCAGCAUGUGGUAAAAAAAAAAAAUUGCGAGCGGGUCACGGAUGAUAGCGCCCUCGGGUGGGUAAAAAAUGUGACAAAUCAACACAAGAAGGUCUUCAACCAAUCAUAGGGGAACAUCUUAGGGGAACAUUUUAUGGGAAUAGAGCUCUUUAUUUAAAAAAUCAAGCAACAGACCACAUUAUUAUAUUUAACUGACUGUAAUGUUUUAUUAACUUUUGGGGUAAACAAAAACAACAGAUUUCAAAUGUGAAAAGAAUAACAAAUGACCGAAAAUGGUCCAACAAUUUACGAUGGAAGCAGAAUGGUUAUUGAAGCUUUUUCCAAUCAGCUUUUGAAAAACAGUUCCAGGGGAACCCCAUUAUUUAUCUCUGUCCAACCAUGGUCCAAGUGUUAUAGAAAAGCUGAUACAGCGAAAAGGGGACCAGACUUUGAUUACUUGCUGCAGGUUUGGGCCAGGAACAUCAAUUUUUAAAAAGUUGAUAUCUAUGACUUCUUAAUUUUACAAAAAAUAAAUAAAUUCUUAUGGUACACUUUGUGUAUUUAAUACAGGUAUAAACGAUUAACUUUCUCCCUGCAACAAAACAAGUAAUUGACCUCUAUAAUUUUUUUAACAUCUUAUUUUGUAACAGCUAUUUUAGUAAAUGGUAAAGUAUUUGCGGAUGUUGAAUCCAAGAUACAAAUUUUAACUAACACGCAAGUCAACAAUGACUUUGAAGCAAUUGCAUACAUUUGUAGAUCUUGUAAUGGCUGUUUCAUCAGUUUGGGUACAACUUCUGUUGUUGGAUGUUUUUCUGGAAAGAAAAUUGUUUGAGUGUCUCUUGUUCUCCUUUCUUUGUUUUAAAUGGCAAUAUCAGAUGUGUUUUAAAAAUAAAUUGUGAACAUGUAGAGAUUUGAAGGCGAAGUUAAAGGCAGUGGACACUAUUGGUAAUUGUCAAAGACUAGCCUUCACAGUUGGUGUAUCUCAACAUAUGCA